CUGUACUAUUCCAAACUCAAAUCAACCAACAAGUUCUUUCAGAAGUUUUGAGGGGAGAAGAAAACAAUCGCUCCAUCGCCACCUUGGACAAACAUGGCCUCAUCGCCCCCGCGUCGGCGCCUCGUAGGAGUCUCUACCAAGAUGUACUUCUCGGCAGCUCAAACAAAACAGUACGUCUCUAAUGUCGUGACGAAGCUUUCGGAGUCUCCAGACCUCCUCAGCAGCGUUGACGUUUUCGUCAUUCCCGAUCAUCUCACGAUGGCCUCCGUCGUCGCACAGCUGGAGAGCACCAAGACCGCGUCGUCCAUCAUGGUCGGUGCGCAGGACGCAUUCUGGGAAGAUGCAGGCGCAUACACAGGCGAGGUCUCGCCCUCGGUGCUCGCUGAGCUCGGCUGUCGGAUCGUCGAGCUGGGCCACGCUGAGCGGCGGCGGGAAUUUGGCGAGACGGACGCGAGCACGGCUAAGAAGGCCGCCGCCGCCGCCAGGAACGGCCUCAUCCCUCUGGUCUGCAUUGGGGAGCGGUCUAGAGGUGUUGUGAGCAUGGCUGUGGGCGAGUGUGCCACCCAGGUGGAGGCUGUCAUGAGAGCAGUGCCGCACGAGUCCGAGGUGGUCCUGGCUUAUGAACCCGUCUGGGCCAUUGGGGCCGCCGAACCUGCCUCUCCUGAGCAUGUUAUUGGGGUGGUCGAGUCCAUCAGGGGUUUGCCGUGCGUGCAGAAGCGCGACAAGGCAGUGCGCAUUAUCUAUGGAGGCAGUGCUGGGCCCGGGCUGUUUGAGAAGCUGAAGGAUGCGGCAGAUGGCUUGUUUCUGGGCAGAUUCGCACAUGACCCACAGGCCUUUGUCAAGACGAUUCGCGAAGUGUCAGGGGCAUAG